AUGGGACCCUCGCAACUCCACGAUUCCGAACGCGGCGCCCCGUCUGCUAUGGGUGGCAACAUCAAGAACGUCAGCAACAGUAGCUCAAGCCGGGGCCAACGACGCGGCCCUUUCAGUCUUACCACCUUCAUGUCCAAGGAUGAAAGCGAGAGUCAUGAGAUGGGCAGCGGCAGCGAACAAGAACGAAACCAGCAGCAGAAGAUGUCUUCAAGUAAGCGCGCUCGCGGCUGGGAGUCGACAGGGAGGCGGGAUAAUGAGAGCGAGACUGAACUAACUUUCGAAGCCUCAAAAGAGUCGGUGGGGAGUGACCGCGACAACAUAGUCGUUGUUCAAACCUUCUCUUUGCGGGAAGAUCGAUUGUAA